AUGUCUUCAAGCCCCACGGUGGAAGCGGCCGUGGUGGCGCAGUUGACGAUGAUGCCAGUGCGAGGGACGGAGUCGGUGGGCGCAUGGAGUGACGCUGCGCCGCCGUCAAAAGCCCUGUUAAAUUGUCACCACACUGUCGUGGGGGAGCGGGGGGAGUUGACGGGCUCAAAAACGCCGGGGAACGGCGAAAAGCCUUUUAGCAUGAACGCCAGCACCGGCAGUGACUACCUCGAUCCCGGCAAGACCGUGCAGCGCCCGCAGCACGGUCUUGUGGAUGGCGUCUUGCCGAACCACCCCGCCACCCCGCAGGAUAGCACCCUGUCGCCAGUGUUGUGGCGCCACAACCCCUACGGCGUCUCCCCCUGCUCCCCUAUGACGCUCGUACCCAGUACCACUCAUCGCCAGAGUCCGUGUCUGAGCACGCAUUCCAGAAAGGGUAGCACAACCGCGAACGACGCCACCGAUGGCUCAGCCACCAAUGACGACAUUACGGAUGCGCCCUCCAUCAAGGUCUGCACGCGUAGCGCCAUCAACGUGAUGGGAAACGGAAAGCAUGGCCGCCAGAAGAGUUAUUGUACGACCACUCCAGAUGCUUCGGUUCACAACGGUUUACUUUGCGAUGGAGAGGCGCGGUACGAUGAAGAACUUGUCAUGUGCAUGUCUCGUUCCACAGCGCCCUCUAGAAGUGAUGAUCUCUUAGUGGAGCCCCAGCCCCAACUGCAGCAUUUGCAGCAUCACCAUGGGUCGGUUGGUGGUCGUACUCAUUGGCGCAACGUACACCUUGGACCGAGGCUCACUCGGGCGAAUAGUAUGCAACACGCUGGACGGAUUUCUGGGUUAGGGCACACAUCUGACGCCUAUGCGGCGCCCGUUCUUUCCAGGUCUUUGACGAGUGCACAGCCAAAUCAUCAUUACUUCGAUGUACACCCGCCGCAGUACAUGUCCGAGGUGGAUCCUCGCACCUACUCACACCAUUCGGGCCAAUCCUCUACCACGGUGAGCGGGAGCUUCGCUGGGGUGCAGGAUAUUCUGGCACUAUCCCGCUCACCAAACGGACACAACUUUCCGCUUCUAGAGGAUGCUGCCACGUACCGACCCUUCUGCAGUUCUGAGACGGACCCAGAGCUUGCCGUUUCACAGCGAUCAACGAUGGACCACUUCUCGGCGCACAUGUCGUUUACAGGUGAUUUUUUCACGCACUCUUCCAAUUUACCUCAGCAUAGCGCGAGUGGUACGAAUGCUACCCCUUUUAAGUUUUGGGGUCUCGGGGAGGUGCGGUCUGCCACUCCCCAGAGCAAAGAGGCGCUGAAUGACCACGACAUCACUGGUAACUCCAGACUGAUUUGCUUUGAUGAUGAUGAUGAAAUUGAGGCGUACAACGUCACGCUGCGCCCGAAUGAGGUGAAUGCGUCGCUGAAUUUGGCCGAGCUUGACGACGUGAAAGUGGAAGCACCGAGUGAGGAUCUACGAUCUCUUUCCCGGUCCACCGCAACGGAGUCGGCCAUGUCAACAGGUGAUGGUCUGGCGGCGACGGAAGGGGCGGACGAUAACCCAAGCCUGCAAGCCACCACAACAACGACGCACGAGACCAUGGCGGGCCAGCCGCCGCCGCUGCCAGAAUCCCAGCAGACGAAUGCACGGCAAACAAUUGACUGGGCUUUGCUGGAACAGCUUAUGCUGGCGGACCCAAGCAAGGAGGUGAUGUGUUUCCCAGGCUGCACCUUCUCUGUUUACGACUCUGGCAUUCAUAACCAUUACCUCAUUGAAAGCACGGAAAUUGUGGUGACGCAUGGGUCGUUAGAGUAUCUAAAAAUGAAUGAAUCUCACGGGACACAGUCGCGGUUUCGGUUUCAGUUAUGCAAGCGCUAUCUGAACCGACGCUGCACCCGCGGGACAAAUUGCCCAUACAUCCACACCCACUCGAUACCCUCACCAAACUUUGUGCAUGUCAAUGAAAACGCCAUAAGCGCCGCCGCGGUGGAGGGGUUUGAGGUGUUUCCGGAGGAGCUGCGCGGGGGGAAGAACGGCAACCGGUAUCCAACAAUGCCGCAUGGUACCGUUUUUCAGGUUUACCCGCCAAAUCAGGGGAAAAAUGUGCCGCAGUUUAUACCAUCAGAGAUGAUCCUUCGCACCGUGGGUGCGUCGAAUGUCUAUAGCGUGCUGCUUCACUCUGGGGCCAACAAGGCAAAGGAUGCGGCCGCCGCGGACACCGCUGGUUGUGAGAAUGUAGGCGUUAACGUCAAGGCACGCCACUGUGCUCAUUUUCAGUUUAAUAAAAUGUGUAAUUUGGGGGAAGCGUGCAAUUUUAUUCAUUCACUGGUGCCCUACUUGCAACGGUUAUCUGUGUCGCCGCAAAGCCAGUCCUAUACUCCGAUGAUGGCGCCACCACGGUCCUUUGUUGUGCCCUCCGCUGCCAUGACACCUUUUACUCCCUUUCCCAAUGGAACUAGUAGCGGUGGGAUCACGCCGCCAUACCCAAUGGAGUUUAUGCAGCACCCGGUGCUGCAUCUACCACAGCUGGCGCCACAGCAACUACGACAACCGCAGCAGCACGUCAUGCCCUCAGCACCCAUCUCACAGCUUAUACCCCCGCCGGGGGUGGCAGAACAUAUCAUGUACCAACGUAACAUUUCAAUGAUGCCGUUGCAGACGUACGUCCCGUCUCCAGUUACAUCUGCGUGGGAUGGUGAACUUCGCUAUGCCGCAAAUUACCCCUAA